UGGUGUUAAAAGGUAAAACUCCAAAUGAAUCAGAACAGAUGAUGGACAGGAAAUGACCCCGCCCCCCUCGGAGGUCGUGAAUUAUAAAUGAAACAGUAAACCUCUGAUAACCAGAGUGUUGGUGGAUUCAUUGAGGCUGUAAAGUUAACGCCUCCGGUGGUCUUCAGAAGAGCAGAGGUUCUGGUUCUUCCUGGUUUGGGUCACAUUCAGGAGAAGGCGGUGGGCGCUUGUCACUGUCCCCCCUCCCCUCCCGGGCGGGCGGUGCUGCGGUCCCUUUAAGCGCAGGUCGCUCAGAGGAUUUCCGAGCGACGUUCGGAGGAUUUCGGCUCUGCUGCCUCAUCUUCAGCCCCUCUGACCGCGAGGAUUCCUCCGCGAGCUGCGUGAACCGAACCCCCGUCAUGGACUUCAACGUGAAGAAGCUGGCCUCGGAUGCGGGGGUGUUCUUCACGCGCGCCGUCCAGUUCACAGAGGAGAAGUUGGGCCAGGCGGAGAAGACGGAGCUGGAUCCUCAUUUAGAGAACCUGAUAACUAGAGCAGACGGCACCAAGAACUGGACGGAGAAGAUCUUGAGACAGACAGAAAUUCUCCUGCAGCCCAACCCCAUCGACCACACAGGCGCUCGAAUCGAGGAGUUCAUCUACGACAAACUGGACAAGAAGCUGCCGUCCCGGAUGACCAACGCGGAGCUGCUGGGUCAGUACAUGCUGGACGCGGCCAAGGAGUUCGGAGCAGACUCUCCGUACGGCAGCACCUUGAUCACCGUUGGGGAGUACCAGAGGAGGCUGGGGGGGGCCGAGCGAGAGUUCAUGCAGACCUCAGCGGCCGCUUUCCUUUCUCCUCUACGCAACUUCCUGGAGGGAGACUGGAGGACCAUCUCGAAAGAGAAGCGGCUUCUGGAGAACCGACGGCUGGAUCUCGACAUCUGCAAAGCUCGCUUGAAGAAAGCCAAGCAGGCCGAGGCAAAAGCUGCGGCAGCCCCAGAUUUUCAGGAGACCAGGCCUCGAAAUUACGUCCUUUCUGCCAGCGCCUCCGCGCUGCUCAGUGAGGAAGUGGACAAAGCGGAGCACGAGCUUCGAGUGGCUCAGACGGAGUUUGACCGGCAGGCGGAGGUGACCAGGCUUCUCCUGGAGGGCAUCAGCAGCACGCACCUCAACCACCUGCGCUGUCUGCAGGACUUUGCAGAAGCUCAGACCACAUACUUCACUCAGUGUCAUCACUACAUGCAGGAGCUUCAGCGGGAGCUCCACAGAUGUGCCAACGCUGUUGGCGCCCCCCACUCAUCUGUUGCAAGCUCCAACCCCGCCUUUCCAUCUGAACGUUCGUCUCCCGGAGCCAGCUUCUCCUCAUGUGAUCCAAAUCCCGGACCCCUGUCGAUGGAGCCGCCGGCCACCGGCACUCGAAAGGCUAAGGUCCUGUAUGACUACGACGCCCACGAUGCCAGUGAGCUUUCCCUCCUAGCCGAUGAGCUGAUCACCGUCUACACCGUCCCAGGAAUGGACCCUGACUGGUUGGUUGGAGAACGAGGGAACGAGAAGGGCAAAGUCCCCGUCACUUACCUGGAGCUUCUGAGCUAAUAGAUAACCCCCCCCCCCCAAGCACACACACACAUACACACACACAUGCACCCUCACGUGCACACACAGAGGACAGCUCUGUCCCAGUGAACAGGUUCUCUGGUUGUUGGUGUGUCGACUUCGGCUCAGGUCUGAGCAGAAACCGCUGCAUGGGAAUGAGUUUUCUGGACUUUCUGGACUCGGUGGACUCAGAGGUUUAUCAUCGCGUCCCUGCAGUGUUGAUUAUCAGGAAGGUUUCCUCAGACGUGGGUGGAUGACAUGGAGAACUGCUGCUAACAGACACUGUGGGCAGAACUGUCGUUGCCGAUCCCCUCAUGGUCCACAGUCGGGGCUUUUUAGGAUCAUUCAUGACACAAAAAUAUUUAAAAAAUGUUUUCCCCGCGCCUGAUGUUUGUCUCUUUGUUCACAUGACGACCAAACAAACCCGUUCAGCUCUGCACCUCAUCAGAUCCACCAAGAUUUGUUUGUGAAAACUGAACUCUUCACCCGUGGGGUCCUGGGAAAAGUGGCUGAAGCUGCUCUGUGCGUGUGCAUGUGUGUGUGCAUGUGUGACCUUCAGUUUGUUUACCGUGUUGUGCUCUUCUGUUGCAUACAUGUUGUUGUUGUGUUUUGACAUUUUUUUGACUUGAAACUUUUCCGUGUCCUCGUUCCAGUUUCGGCACACUGGUGGUUUGAUGUGGAGCCGGCAUGCAUGUGUUUCUCUGUGACUGUCUAAUAAACACAUACAGCCCAUCA